AUGCCCGCUGGCUCUGUGGUGACAUUCAAUAGCCGCUCUACGGAAAUGAUCGCUCAGGCGGUUACCUUUUUGCUGGCUUGGUUGGCGCCCCAAGGGGAAAAGGCGCUGCAGCGUUGUGAGAACGCCAAGGAGGCCUUGAACCGAGCAUGCCAGCUCCUUUCGGUUCAUGGAUCCUGGUCAUGGAUGCCAAAAAUGGCCUGUGUCCUGGCUAGGACGGUUGUUGGGCUCCAGUCUGAAGUCGCUCGACUGGAGGAAAUCACUUACCGCUCCUGGGAUUACCACAGGCCAUCGAAAGCCGUCUUGGACAGCAUUGCUGACCUUUCCCAUGACACCGCAGUGUUGUGGCAGUCCGAAUUGUAUGCUGCAGCGCUACUCCUUGAUGAUUUUGCUGAUGAUUUGGCAGAAAAAGGACAGCAUGCAGUCUGGGGCACCAUUCGUCACGCUGCUGAUGGCACACGGGAUCUACACGAUCUGGUAGGGGUGCACAUUGCCCGCAUCUCGCCACUGCCUGGGCCCUAG